AAAAGUUCCAUCAUACAACAAAUUUGAGAGAUAUAAAUCAUUUUUGGACUGUUAAUCGAGGACGAGUGAUCAGGAGAAGAACGAAUGUCAAUAAUCACAACAUCAAUUGAUCUAAGUCGAUCGGCCCGCGGUUGCAUUUUUGUGAAGCGUCCUCGAGUAGUAGUUCAACCAUUUUCAUCAUCAUCAACAUGGAAAUGCCAACAAGGUAUCAGAAGCAACCCUGCAUUCUUGUCUCUAACUAGCAGCCAACCAUGUCGGAAUAAGAUUGUAUGCAGUAGCUCUACAUCACCUGGAGAUCAAAGUCCUUCUGUAGAGCAUUCAGACUCUUGGAGAGGCUGGAUGAUAGGGAUGGUAUUCUCAGUAAUUAUACCUUUUUGGAGGCACAAAUGGGGGCCUUUGCUACAAUUGAAGAAGGAGGUGGACAUGGUUGUAAACAAUGUUGAAGCAGUGGUGGAGGUGGUAGAAAAGGUGGCAGAAAAAGUGGAGGAAGUGGCAGAUGAAAUAGGUGAUCAUCUUCCAGCUGAUGGAAAGUUUAGGGCUGCUUCUGAAGUAGUUGAAAGAAUAGCCAGAGAAGUAGCCAAAGAUGCACACCUUGCAGACCAGCUAAUUGAGAAGGCGGAAGCACUAGAAGAUCAGGUGGAAGACUUUUUUGAGUCAGCUGUGGAUAAUGUAGGAAAUGCGACCAAAGAUGUUAGCGAUGAAUCAAAUGUACAAGUAGCUACGGAAAAGAAAAUCCAGUGAUACACAUGUCAUAUAUGAGGUUUUCAAAUAAGAGAUGAAUUAGCUGGAUCCUUAUAAUUUAGUCAACCCUAACCGUAAAUAUUGUGUUCAUCAUUUAUUUUAUAAUUUUUCGAUUGGUUUUAUUUAUUUAUUUCUAUUGGUUUUGGUACAUUUGACUUUUAGUCCUAUCACUGUUCGAAUUUAAGAGUAACCUUUAGAUUUGUAAUGUAAUAAAAGCUUCUUUUUAAUUA